UAGCGGGGGUAGGGGCGAAAAUCAAUAUGGCUGACUUUUACCGGUUGGUUUGUCUGUUUUGAUAUUUGAUAAAAAUAAUCAUUUCAUAUUAUAUAAAACUAGCGUGUUUCAUCCUGAUAAUAUUUGUGGCGUGAAUUAGACUUUGUGAUUAAUUAUGGAAGCUCUUAUACCAGUUAUUAAUAAGUUACAAGACGUUUUUAACACUGUUGGGGCCGAUGCCAUCCAAUUACCUCAAAUAAUAGUUCUAGGAACACAGAGUUCAGGAAAGAGUUCUGUGAUAGAGAGUCUUGUGGGGCGUUCAUUUCUACCUCGAGGUCCUGGAAUAGUCACCCGGCGUCCUUUGAUUUUACAACUUGUGUACACUCCAAAAGACAGCAAGGAACAUCGCUCCGCUGAAGAAGGUACUAUAAAUCUAGAAGAAUGGGGGAAGUUCUUACACACGAAAGACAAAAUCUACACGGAUUUCGACCAAAUAAGACAGGAGAUAGAAAGGGAGACAGAUCGCAUGGCCGGUAGCAACAAAGGAAUAUGCCCAGAAGCUAUUAAUCUCAAGAUUUAUUCAACUAAAGUUGUCAAUCUCACAUUGGUUGAUCUCCCCGGUAUAACAAAGGUACCGAUAGGCGACCAGCCGGAGGACAUAGAGAACCAAAUAAGAAACCUUAUAAUUAAAUAUAUAGCUAAUCCGAACUCAAUAAUACUCGCGGUGACAGCGGCUAACACAGACAUGGCCACAAGUGAGGCUAUAAAGAUGUCCAAAGAGGUGGAUCCAGAUGGAAGGAGGACUUUGGCUGUGGUCACUAAACUUGAUCUCAUGGACGCAGGCACUGAUGCUAUCGACAUCCUGUGCGGACGCGUGAUUCCGGUCAAAUUAGGAAUCAUAGGCGUCGUAAAUAGAUCGCAACAAGACAUUAUCGACAAGAAGUCUAUUUCGGACUCACUCAAAGACGAAGCGACGUACCUCCAACGGAAGUACCCUACAAUCGCCACUAGGAAUGGCACGCCGUACUUGGCAAAGACAUUGAACAGGCUUCUAAUGCACCAUAUAAGAGACUGUCUACCGGAACUGAAGGUACGCGUCAACGUAAUGAUAUCACAAUUCCAAUCUCUUCUCAACUCGUACGGAGAAGACGUAUCGGAUAAAUCUCAAACGCUUCUGCAAAUCAUUACGAAGUUCGCGAGCGCGUAUUGUUCUACUAUCGAAGGUACCGCCCGAAAUAUAGAGACCACAGAGCUGUGCGGAGGUGCCAGGAUAUGUUAUAUAUUCCACGAGACGUUUGGCCGCACUUUGGAUUCCAUACAUCCUCUUGUGGGUCUGACGCGGAUGGACAUACUGACUGCGAUCCGCAACGCGACCGGUCCGCGGCCGGCGCUGUUCGUGCCGGAAGUAUCAUUUGAGCUGCUAGUCAAACGACAGAUCCGGAGGUUAGAGGAUCCGUCGCUGCGCUGCGUUGAGUUGGUGCACGAGGAGAUGCAGCGCAUCGUGCAGCAUUGCGGCACGGAGGUGCAGCAGGAGAUGCUGCGGUUCCCGCGCCUGCACCAGCGCAUCGUCGACGUCGUCACGCAGCUGCUGCGCACGCGCCUGCCCGCCACCAACUCCAUGGUGGAGAAUUUAGUGGCGAUCGAGCUGGCGUACAUCAACACGAAGCACCCGGACUUCCACCGCGAGGCGGCGCUGGUGUCGGGGCUGCUGAAGAGCUCGGACGCGCUGGCGGAGGAGCUGGCGCCCGCGCACGCGCCUGCCUUCCGACAGAAACAGCGCCCGCUCUCCUCGCCGGUACCCGCCAUAUUUAGACUGUUUCUUCGUCAAAUGGGUGAAAGAGGGUCCACCCUAGUAUUCUUGGCAAGUGUAUUGGACACAUAUUACAAGAACGUUCCAGCUAUCACGGAUGGACAUGAAAAAAGUUCACCACCACAUAAUAUGGAAAAUCCAGUGACACCACAAAUGAAUGGUGUACCAGAGAAUAAAGUAUUGACUCCACAGAAACCAGUGAACCUUCUGCCCGAAGUGCCGAGCCAGACUUCGCGCAAGCUGUCAGAUCGGGAACAACACGACUGUGACGUCAUUGAGAAACUGAUCAAGUCGUACUUCUACAUCGUGCGCAAAUCUAUACAAGAUUCUGUACCAAAGGCUGUGAUGCAUUUCCUAGUGAACUAUGUGAAAGACAAUUUGCAAUCGGAACUGGUGACGCACUUGUACAAGUCUGACCAGGCGGAGAGCUUACUCAAUGAGUCAGAACACAUCGCGCAGAGGAGGAAGGAAGCCGCCGACAUGCUCAAGGCGUUGCAGCGCGCCGGCCAGAUCAUCAGCGAGAUCCGAGAGACGCACAUGUGGUGAUGGCCGCCGCACGACCGCGACUAGUCUGGGAAUUAGUGAAAUGAGCAGCGAGCCAGCGGCUCUGUACAUACUCCAUUUUAAUCUACCUACAUGAAUUUAUGCAUUACAUAAAUAGGCGUUUUUUUACUUACGCAUACAUUUGCUUUUAUCAUUCUGCAGCUCUCUGCUUUUAUUAUAGUUUUUUCAUGACACAUUGUCGAGAACCAAAAAUUUCGAGUUCAAGCAGAAUUAGUAAGAGCAAACGAAUGUCGAUAUCGAUAAUUUUGAUUAGGAAUAUUUUGGUUGGAGUAUUGCAUGGUUACGACGAAAUGUCCUAUAGAAGAUUGGUGUACUUAUUUGUUAUAUUCAAAUUGUAGAUUUAAUAGGGCGAUAGAAGACCAUUAUUUUAUAUAUAUUUUAGCGAGUUUGGAUUGUGAGAAUCGUGUCUAAUGAUCAUGUAUUCAGGAACGACAGUGAUGAUGAACGUGAAAUGAUGGUGUUUUGGUUGUAUUGUUGUAUGUUGCACAAAUGUUAUGCUGCUAAGUUCAGUUACCAUUUCACAGUGAAUAUACUUAUGCACGUAAGUUAGUAUAACCUUGAUGUAUACUCCUGUCUCGUACACAUAGUUACAGUGUAGUUACAUUGCAGUGAUAUUACUUGUAAUUUCCAGUAGGAAAUAUUUGCAUGAUGGUCGUCCCUUGUGAUUUUAAUGUAUUUCAAUUAGAAUUAAAAAUGAAUUAACUUUUUUCGUCACUAAAUGUUGUAUCGGAACUUUUAGUCGUUUAAAUGUAUAAAUAAAAGUUUAUAAACGUUUAUCUACACAGGGUUAUGUUUCAAAAAGAUAAUGUAUCCGUAAAUUGAGUUGAUAGCAGUCAUGAUUGUUUCUAACAAUGUUUUUUUACAUUGUAGAAUAAGAGAGGUGAUGUGCUUAUGCAGUAUAUAUUUAUAAUAGUUCCUUAUCAUUAGUUGUAUUUCUGUGCUGUGUCAUUCGAUUCAUUCACCAUUUCAAGUCAUUACGUGUCAUGUCCACAUUAUAAUGUAAUUUAUUUGUUUUUAACAUCCAUUAGAGUAGAAAGUAUUCCAAUGUUACACAAUGGUAUUUAUUGUUAAAGCCCGAGAUGUGAUUUGCUUUAUGUAUUGAACGAAACCAAUUAAACGUUAUUGAAGGUAAGAUUGUAUUUAAGUCUGUUAAAAUAUUAAAAUAGAUUGUCAUUGUGA